AUGGGUUACAACGAAUGGGUGCACAACACCAAUAUCGCGGUUGCGCGCUCCUUUGUGGGCAGGCGCUUCCGCCUCGAAGGCUCAGGCCAUCCUAAAGAACGCAAAGGUUCUCACUUUUUCACCGAGCUCCGUGCAGGGUUGGCCACGUUCUUCGCCAUGGCCUAUAUCAUAUCCGUCAAUGCCACCAUCGUCUCACAGUCCGGCGGUACUUGCGUCUGCCCACCUGACAGCCCGGAUCUGUGUGACAGUGAUACGGACUAUAUGAUCUGCGUUGCCGAGGUCCAGCGAGAUCUCAUCACUGCCACGGCCGCCAUUUCUGCCCUCACCACAUUCUGCAUGGGGCUUUUCGCCAACAUGCCAAUUGCUUUGGCUCCCGGUAUGGGCCUGAACGCUUACUUCGCAUACACUGUCGUCGGAUACCAUGGGUCGGGCCUGGUCCCAUAUUCAGUUGCUGUCACGGCGGUCUUUGUCGAAGGAUUUGUCUUUGUCGGGUUGACCAUCCUUGGCUUGCGACAAUGGCUAGCCCGAGCCAUCCCUGCCUCCAUCAAACUUGCUACCGGGGUGGGAAUCGGCCUUUACCUGACGUUGAUCGGUUUGACGUACAACGCUGGUAUUGGUGCAAUUUCGGGGGACUCCUCUGAUCCUCUCGCCCUGGCCGGCUGCCACCCCGCAAACCGCGACGAGUUCGGAGUGUGCCCGUCUUGGGAUAAAAUGCGCAAUCCAACCAUGUGGGUUGGAAUUUUCUGUGGUGGCAUCCUCACCGUCAUGCUCAUGUUGUACCGUGUCAAAGGCGCCAUCAUUCUCGGCAUCUUGCUGGUCAGCAUUAUCUCCUGGCCCCGCGGCACCCCGGUGACCUACUUCCCUUACACCGAUCUGGGAGACAGCAACUUCGACUUCUUCAAAAAGGUCGUCACAUUCCAUCCGAUCGGGCGGAUUUUGACCGCCCAAGCCUGGGAUGUUGGAAGCUACGGUGGUCAAUUCGGACUCGCUUUCAUCACCUUUUUGUACGUUGACAUCCUCGAUGCGACGGGAACCCUCUACUCUAUGGCUCGCUUCUGCGGCGCGAUCGAUGAGAAAACUCAGGACUUCGAGGGGUCGGCGGUGGCGUAUCUGGUCGACGCUUUUGGAAUCUCGAUCGGAGCCCUGAUGGGCACCCCUCCGGUGACCGCGUACAUUGAAUCCGGCGCCGGUAUCUCUGAAGGCGGGGCCACGGGGCUGACGGCCAUGACAACGGGCCUCUGCUUCUUUAUAUCGAUCUUCUUCGCUCCCAUCUUUGCCUCGAUCCCUUCCUAUGCCACAGGAUGCACACUGAUCAUUGUUGGUUCGCUUAUGGCCAAAUCGGCAGCAGAUAUCAACUGGCGGUACAUCGGGGACGCAAUCCCAGCAUUCUUGACGAUCGCAAUCAUGCCGUUCACGUAUAGUAUCGCGUACGGCCUGAUCGCCGGCAUCAUCAGCUACAUGAUCAUCAACACGACGGUGUGGCUGAUUGAGAUUGCCACGGGCGGUCGCAUCAAGCCCCCCGAGAAAGAAUACAAGGACCCCUGGACAUACAAGAUCGAAGGCGGCAUCUUGCCGCCCUGGCUCGUGCGCGCGUCCAAAGGCAAGAAGGAUUUCUGGCGACCCUACGAUGAUCUGGAACAUAAUGACCCCGUUGCCACCAAUGCCGCCAUCAACACCGCCACAGGCACCACGCUGGAAGGACGAGAACACCCGGAUAUCACUGGCACCACGAACGUCCAUCAUGCCACCACCACGUCGGACUAUGAUCUGAAGGGAGGCACGACAGGAGCAGGUGCGUUCAGAAGCGGCAGCGGUAGUGCCAGCACCAGUGAUGCAGGGGAGAAGGUCAAGGGGUAA